AUGGCGGAGAAGAUGCAAAGCACGGCAAACGUGUCGAACGGCACGAAUGGUGCAUCGACCAGGCCGCCACUAAAAAAGCAAGACAGUGACAAGGACUUUGAUGAUUAUUUUAUUGGACCGCGCGACCUCGAUCACCAUUCGAAAUGGCCUGUCUUCCUCCGCGUCCACGGCAGUGUUACACCAGAAAUGGUGCUGCCUCUGCUAUUUGUAGCUGGCUGGGCAACCAUGAUUACGCUUAUAUCGAAGUUUGUUCACGACCUUAGUGUAAACCAGCUCCUGCUUACGGUUCUUGGUUUUGUCGUCGGUCUGGCACUAAGCUUCAGAAGCUCCACUGCCUACGAGCGAUACAAUGACGGCCGUAAAUACUGGGCACAACUCGCUUUCCAGUCCCAGAAUCUUGCUCGCCUUAUCUGGGUUCACGUCGAUGAACGACAUGAAAAAGACGCUGAGCUCGGCAAACAAGAUCUUCUCGCCAAGAUCAAUUGUCUCAACUUGAUCGCCGCCUAUGCAGUCGCACUCAAGCACAAGCUCCGGUUCGAGCCUGGCGUCCAUUACGAUGACCUAAAGCACCUCGUCGGCCACUUGGACACCUUUGCACGCGAUGCUGAUCAGCCAGAAGCCAAUAAGCCAGGUAUAUUCAAGACGGCAGGACAGUUCCUCGGGCUACCCAUGGCCGAAUCAAACCCACGCAAAUUGCUGAAGCGCUCGCGUGUGCCACUCGGCAACCUUCCUCUGGAGAUCCUCAACCACCUGAGUGUCUACAUGAAGUCGAUCUACGAAAACGGCACCUUCAAAGUUUCCAUCUACCAAACGCAAUCUCUCAACGCGCUCACAAGCUUCAAUGAUGUGCUUGCGGGGACUGAGCGGAUCCUUUCCACUCCGCUCCCCUUGGCGUAUAGCAUUGCCAUCAGUCAAAUCACUUGGGUGUAUAUCCUUCUCCUGCCCUUCCAACUAUACAAGCUCUUGGGAUACAUCACAAUCCCCGCAAGCGUCUUUGCUGCCUACAUUAUCCUGGGCAUCGCGCUCAUCGGUCGCGAGAUUGAAAAUCCCUUUGGUACUGAUGUGAAUGACUUGCCGCUAGACGCAUUCUGCCUGCAGAUCAGGAAGGACGUGGAUAUCAUCAUGAGUAAAGCAGCGCCAAGCAUCGAGCAAGUGGUCAUGCACCCGGACAACCAGCUUCUCUAUCCGUUGAGUAACGUGGGUAGUGCAGAAUGGGCGGCGAAGAGUGUGGAUGAGAUUAGGGACGCGUUGGCGACCAAGCCUGGUCUGCAUUUCCCGUUGGUCGAACACAACGAGCAUCCGAAGCCCGGUCACUCGGUCAGUACGGGUGUUCGCCGGAGAACGACGAGUGAUGAUCGAGCUGAGAUGGGCGAAGCCGGGCACAGCAGCGUAGCCGAUGGUGGAGAUUAA